CAUAAAUGAUCAUGUUCAUCUUUUCCAAAUGUAGAAGUAGUAGUAUAACACAAGUGACGAGAGCCUAUACAUUAAACACUGCCACUGGUACUCUGUUCUAUGUUUUGAUUGUCUGUUUAACUUUUUUUUUCCUCCAACGAGGCAUUUUUCUUUUGCAUUCAUUAAAAGCUUAUGAGUUCAGUCGAAUUUUAAAUAGUUUCGAAUAUAAAACAGUGACCUCUCGUAGAUAACAUGGGCUUCGAUAUCUUCGUCCAAAAUGGGCUUGGUGUUUUCUAGCCCAAAGAUUGCGAACUAGGGAGACCAACAUGAAUUUUCUAUACUUUUUUUUGACUGCAUGAAUUUUCUAUACUUGGAGGCUUUUUCGUCGUACCGUGUGUUUGUAUUAAUUAGUCAACUAUUUAUCAGUCAAACUAAAAAUUAUUUGCAUGCCAUAACUUUUGUAUUAAGCUGCAAAAUAAUAAAAACACUAAACAUUUGAAGGUGAUUUCUAUUAUAUAAGAAAAACAGGGAAUAAUAAUUAGUUUGCUGAAUAAUUGUUAGAGCAUAUAUGUCACUAAACAUUUAUGGUAAGUGGAUAACUCCUUUUGAAUAGAACUCUACACGUACUUACGUAUUCCUCAAUCUCUGCAGCUAUAUAUACCUCGAAAUGAUACAAAACAACAUAUUCAAUCAAACACUUCUCCCAGAAAAAAACAUUAAAAAUCUCUACCUUCUUUCUUUCCAUCGUCAUGAUGUAUUCACUUCUCAAUGAAACAAGAAACUGUCAAGUGUGCAAGAAAUCAUUUCCAAAUGGGAGAGCUUUAGGAGGCCACAUGAGGUCCCACACUCGGAAAAUUUCGGCAUCAAACGCAGAAUCAGCAACUGGCUCGACCGUCCCAACAUUGAAGACACUCACCAAACUUGCAGCAAACAUCAGACCUAAUGAAACAGUUUUGAUGAGAUCUGUCCACGCAAGUGAAGUUGGUCCGGAACCAGAUCUAAAGAGAGGAGAAGGUGGACAACAAAUAAAAGGCAAGAGAAAGUUCGUCGUGGAUGUAGAUGAGUGUCCGAGUUCUUUAACAGCUGUUGAAGAAUGUGCUUUGUGUCUUGUAGCCAUGUCUAAGGGACAGAGACCAGAAAAUUCUCAGAAUUGGAAUGCUAUUGACCGCUUGCUAGCAACUCCAAAUGAAAAAGAAGAAUAUACUCGAAAGUCUAUCGAUAUAGAUUCUGAUGAUGAUGACAAAGAUAAAUAUGUUGCUUCAAAUGUGAGAGUCUUAACAAAAGACAUCGAUGAGAAUGAAGAUGAGGAUGACGACGAUGAAACAUAUUUAGUUGAGAAGGAGAAUCAGUGUAAGAAAAAAUUUACGUGUGAUAUAUGUGGAAAAGUUUUGCAUUCGUAUCAGGCAUUAGGUGGUCACCGAACGAGUCACAAGACCAAACGAUUGAAGAUUUGUGACAAGAAUGGGCAAGCCAUGGUUCGAAAUUACAAAUGUGAAAUAUGUGGCAGAGUGUUUGGAUCCGGUCAAGCACUUGGUGGUCACAAGAAGGUUCAUUAUGUGUUUCUAUAACCAAGUAACUAGGUUCGUUAUGUUUGGUUAGUGACUUCAGCCGAGUAGCAUAGAAUAAAGGGUGGAAUUUGGGUGAUUAAUAGAUUUGGAUGAAAGAUAAUCAAAAUGUGUUCUCUAUUUUUAUGUUGUUGUCCCUUUUAGUUUAUUAACAAAACUCUGGUUUAAGUUUAAGUUUUCUUUUCUGUUUUCUCAGUUAUUGUAGCCCUUUGGUUUAUUUAUCAUAUAUUAACAAAAGUUUGGUUCAAAGUUAUGUUUUCUUCCUUCAUAUAAUCUCUUAUUCAGAAUGUGUAUAUGUUUUUAAAAAUUUUGAACUGCAAGAUUUCGAAAUAUCAAAUUAGGAUCCUAGAUGUAGUGAUACAAUAUGAUGCAGAGAAAUCGACCUAAUUAGAGACUAUUCAUAAUAUUGUGUUAGUCAAAAGACAAAAUCAAACAUUCAUAGUAAAAAAAUAUGUUCUACUUUCUAAAAGAGAGAAAAAAUAUUCGUGUAAGUUUACAAAAUAAAUAAAAAUUAAGUUUUUGUUUGACUAACUGAAAUCAAAGAUAUUAUAUUCAAAUAUAUCCAUUGGUUUUUUUCUUGGGUCAAAAUAUAUCAAUUGAUUCAAAAAUAGAAAUACUAUGAUAUAUGGAAACAGUGUAAUCAAAAUAAAUAGUGGUACUACUAAAAAUAGGAAUAGCAUGUUAUAUGGAAUUAAAAUUAAAUAGAGUCAUCAUUUUAUUGUCUUUUUUACUAAUUCAUAAUUUGAUUGUUUCUUUGCAUUUAACAUGUUAAAGUAGUGUAUUACAUUAAGAAGAAAUACGUACAUGUGUUUUGUUUUAAUUCCUUGAAUAUGAUUUGCAAAAGUGUGAAACAAAAACAUUAAUAGUUAUCACUUGCAAAUGAUAUAUAUAUAUAUUUGAUUAACAUGUAAAUGCUAAGGUGGACGCAGGGUGAGGGAGUGUUAAACCGUCUGAAAUCAUUCUCUAUAAUCAUCUUUUUUUGUCAGUUUCACAUUCUAUUUUAUUAUUUUUCCUUGAAGCCAAUGCAAGUUAGUUUGCUCCAAAGCAAAACACUGAUUUUGCAACUAAUGUUGCCUCUGAAGUGAAUAUAGAACUUUUUCAGUAAUGUGUCAAUGAAGACUACUAGAAAGUCAUUGUGAUAAUUAGCAGGGAAUUAGUCAUUCAAAUCUUCUGAAUGAAGCUGCAUGCAAAUGGACAGUUCCACUCUUCACGUAAAAAACCUGUCUCAAAUUAUUCUUUAGCCCAAUAAAUGUAGAAGCUUGUUUGAUAUUCCUCAAAAACGAAAUAUUUCACUCAUAUAAUAAAACACAAAAGCAAAAGUACACUCAUAUAUAUACUCUUAACACCAUUCAAAAAAAUU